CUAUGAAUCCUGAUGACAUGACUUUGGGAAAAAUCAUCAUCCGUCUUUGAAAGAGCUCAGCGCUUACGUAUAUUGUGUGCGACCAGCAAAACGCGGCUGUUUCGUUGUUUCUUCAUUGAAAAAGGCUCCAGAUCUGUCUAUAUACCUUUGACAAGACCACUUAUAAAGAUGUCGGACGACGAAGACGCACCCAUGGUGAAGAGGUCCCGCAUCUUCUAUGGGAGUCUAGAGGAGAAGGAGCGAGAACGGUUGGGCAGGGAAGGUGCCGGUGGGUCAGGGAAAGAUGGGGUCAAAGCUGGAAUCGACGCUGGCAACAUCAACAUCUCCAGUGGUGAGGUGAUGGACAUGGAGGAGCGUGUGAGCGAGAGACAGUCAGAGGUGCUGGCUGAGUUUGAGAGGCGUAAGAGAGCGAGACAGAUCACUGUAUCCACUGAUGAUGCAGAGGUCAAAGCUUGCUUACGAGCUCUCGGCGAGCCAAUCACACUCUUCGGGGAGGGGCCAGCAGAUAGAAGAGAGAGAUUAAGAAACGUCCUGUCUGUGGUGGGGCCUGAUGUACUGAAGAAGUCCAAGAAGGAUGAGGAAAAAGCCAAACGGACCCAGGAAGAGUGUCAGCAGACGUGGUAUCACGAGGGCCCUACUACUCUGAAAGACGCUCGACUGUGGAUCGCCCAUUACUCUCUGCCCAGGGCAAUGAAACGGCUGGAAGAGGCCAGAGCUCAUAAGGAAAUCCCAGAGUCCACACGCACAGUCAAGCAACAGGAGCUCCACAAAAAUCUCAGGAAUCUAAAUAACUUCUGCAGUCAGAUUGGAGAUGACAGACCUAUUUCAUACUGUCAGUUCAGUCCCAACUCUAAACUACUUGUAACAGCCUCAUGGAGUGGCUUAUGUAAACUCUGGAAUAUCCCAGACUGCAGCUUGGUUCGCACACUAAGGGGUCAUGACACCAACGUGGGGGCAAUCUGUUUCCACCCAAAGGCCACGAUAUCCUUGGAGGAGUCGGACAUCAACAUGGCCUCCUGUGCCGCGGAUGGAUCAGUCAAAUUGUGGAGUCUGGACAGUGACGAGCCCGUUGCUGACAUAGAAGGCCACUCCGUUAGGGUGGCACGAGUAGCCUGGCAUCCAUCCGGGCGUUUCCUGGGUACCACCUGUUAUGAUAACUCCUGGCGGCUGUGGGACUUGGAUGCACAAGAAGAAAUUCUUCACCAGGAGGGCCACAGCAAGGGUGUCCAUGACCUGCACUUCCACCCCGAUGGUUCUUUGGCAGGGACUGGUGGUUUGGAUGCGUUUGGUCGUAUUUGGGACCUGCGGACUGGUCGCUGUGUCAUGUUCCUGGAAGGUCAUUUGAAGGAGAUCUACAGUAUCAACUUUUCUCCCAAUGGCUUUAACGUUGCAACAGGAAGUGGGGAUAACACCUGUAAGGUGUGGGACCUGCGUCACAGGAAGUGUAUUUACACCAUCCCUUCCCAUCAGAACCUUGUGUCUUCAGUCAAAUUCCAACCCACUGACGGUCACUACCUGUUGACUGGCGCGUACGACAACAUGGCGAAGGUGUGGACCCACCCUGGCUGGUCUCCGCUAAAGACCUUGGCGGGUCACGAGGGCAAGGUGAUGGGUGUGGAUCUGUCUCCAGAUGGCCAGUUCAUAGCAACCUGCUCCUACGACCGUACCUUCAAACUCUGGAUGUCCGAGUAACAAAGGGUUCGAGGGACUAUGUAUUUGUGUGUGCACUUGGGAAAGUGUGUGUGAGUGCGUGCGUGCGUGCGUGCGUGCGUGUUCGUGUGAGAGUGUGUGUGAGAGAGAAAGGAGCGUGACCCAAAGACCACUGGGUUUUUACAUAGUAAAACCAGUCUUUAUUAUCAUCUUGUUAAGACUAUUUGCCUGUAAGAUUCCAUGGUAACAAUCCGGAUAUGAGCUGACCAUAUUUCCCAAAUCUGUGUGGUCUAAUUUUACCGUUUUUUUUGUGAUCACCUCAGAGCGAGAUUCAAACAUUCUCUUGCUGACAACCAGUUGCCCAUCUGGCAAAUCACACUGUAAAAAAUCCUAUGUUUGUGGGUUUUAUGAAUGAAAAUUGAGUAUAUGGAGAAUUUGAGUGGAUUAUUGCCUCACGUUUGUAAAUUUUUUAGAAAGACAAAAAAAAGACAUGCAAGACCUGAUUUUUUUUUUUAGUGCAAAGCAUGUCAGAUGCCUCCUUUUUCAAUUCUUUUGUUUUUAUUAAAAAAACAAAAACAAUGUUAGAGGUCUUUGUC